ACUACACUUGAUUGGGGGCCAUUCGGUGGCGAGCACAAGAUUGCAACAGGAUUACUUGGAAAACGGCGUCCGGCCGCUUCAUGUGUCAGUCGAUGUCGGACAAUUUGCGAGUGAAGAUGGAUUCGGAAACGCGACCAAAGUCAACAUCAGCAAACAGUCGGGCGUGGGCGGCAACUGGUGUGCACCAAUAAUUGGGAUCCCCUCCUGCCUCAACGGUGGGGUUCGGGAAGUGUAGUGCUCGGGUAGUGUUCAAGAGAUCAACGCGUCUCUGUGUGUGAUCACCCAGUGUUAAUAAACAACGAAUAGUGAGCGAACAAUGUGUACUUUACAAUCCCGACAAUCGCCAGACAAAAGAGCACCGGAACGCAGAAAUUCUGACGAUGCUGUCGAGACAUUCCAGAGACCCAACUCAUCAACCGGUUGUGGUAGCGACGGCAGCGACGCCGGUGGUGGGAAAUAACCAUCGGAAUAACAGCAACAAUGAAAUCACGCUGUCAUCACCGCCGAUGACAACGUCACUGCUGGUGUCAACCGAGAAAAUAAUAAAGGUGGGAGAAGUGCAUCCAGCGGCGCUGGAAAAGCAAAGAAACAAACGCAGCGCUGAAGGGGCUGCUAAUGAUGAUGAUGACGGCGAAGGUAAGUGGCCAGGUUUGAGUAUCGUCCGAAGCGGUGCCACCAGCGGUGGCCUCAGCAGUAGUGCGCUGUUACUCGGCGGCAUCGAUCGCACGACGACCGGUAAACUGUGGUGCGACAAUAUCUACGAGAACGUUAUCAAUGGGACUUCCGUGGUCGGUGUCUUCGGUGAGUACGGGAAGUUGAGAAAGUGUCAGGAGAAUAUUUACGAAAACAUCUGCGAGGAUUGUGGCCGGUUGUAUAGUGCGGAAAAGUGUGCCUUCUGUUCCGUCGAGGACGAAGAUGUUGAUACCGAGCGGACGAAGAAAGUGAACAAGUACAGUGUCAAGUUUCAGGAGUUUUUGGAGAAUUUCCGCAUCAAACCGGUGAAGUUUGGCGGCGGUGGCGUUGGCGGGUCCACAAUUCAGGCCAAACGAAAACUGUGCAAAAGUGAUAUAGUGCAUAAUGUGGAUGGUUUUGAGGAGGUGUUUCGCACCAAUAAAUCGUUCGAUCUUGGCGAGAUCUGUCGGAUGCGUGAUGAUAACCGCUCGCAGGUGACGGUCGUCGGAGUGGCUGAGAACCUGCGCUCUUCCCGCGAUGAUCGCGGGCUGCACAAAAGCGACGAUCAGUUGGCGUCGUCAUUGGCUAGCGCAAGGCAGCAACCGCUCGACCCCGGCGGAACACUGAAACCCCCUGAAACCGCCUGCCCACCCGCUGCUGCCACCGAACCGGAGAAAGCCGCCCCGUGGAAAGUGAGUGGAAGAAGCCUCAGCGAAAACUUGAUCGAUUUUUCCGAGCCAUCCGAAAGUGAAACCAUUUACGAGAAUUUGUGCCCCGGUCGGGUGCGAAGCGGGCGCUGCUGGCUGACUGCACCACCGGUGGAUGCAUGGAUGACGUCCCUGCUGGUGGAGACCGAGGACUACGAUGCCGGCGCGGAGGUAGCUUAUCACGUGAAACACAUUCCAUCCGUUACGUUUGAUGACAUUGGCGAUAGUUGGGGAGGUUGUGGCAGUUCAUCAUCGCGAGCGCGACUCAACUGUGUUGUUCAAGGUUAUUCGAGCGACAAGGUUGAGGAGUUCCGUCAGAACGUUCUGAACGAGCGUAAGCGACAGAGGGAGGCAGAGCGGGAAGAGGAGGACCGCUCCGAUUCGCUGGAUCCGGUGAUUAUCACAUUUCGGAGUUCGAUUUUUGAAACAGAGAGCGACGUGCAAUUGCUUGCAUCGGGCGAGCGGAAUCGAGAGACCGAAGCUCCUCGUCAAAACAACGCCGAUAGGGAUGGUCAUGUGAAUGACGCGAUAAGCCCAUAUCGGGUCCAGGUAGCGCGCGAGGGCGAGGGCGAUCGGUUAUCGCAAUGCAAACAGUGCCGCUCACUCGCGGCUAAAAAACGCUCUCUGCUGCGCGAGCAUUUGCUUCGCGUUAGUUUGUGUCGGGUGGUGAUUACAUACGAACGUGGAUUGAAGGCAUUCUUGCUGAUCGGGGCCGCAGCCGCCGCGGCGUGUGAAUUAGUGCGCAAUCGAAAGUUAGUGUUAAAUAAGCGAAAAACGUACCGCAAAAUCAUGACAAACGAGGCCCAUAAUGGGUCGGUUAGUGCGCUGCUCGAAUCGGUUCAAAUUGACAAAUAUUUUCAGUUCCUGGAAGGUAACGAAACAAUGAUUAAUCUCGCGGCAGCUAAGCGGCGCCACCGCCGCCGUCACAAUGCGAGUGAGCUCAUAAGUGCCGAGGUGCAGAGUAAUUCCUCGAACGAGAUCAGCAUCAGUAGCAGUAACACAAGUGGGAUUUACUCGGACUGCGGAGCGUCCCUCGAUGAGAACAUCUACCAGCCAAUAUGGACGUGCAAAACCGACGGUGGCUCCGAACCGACCUACGAAUCUCCCCAGGAACACAUCUACGAAUACAUUCGGGUUGAUCCUGCCCGCGACGAGAGCGAGUGGGAAGUGGUGGAUGAGUUUGCUUUUUCGAAGAAUCGGCACCACUCGCUGAGUCAGAGAUCACCUCCGCCGGUGCCGAAUCGCAACAUACGUCAUCCCCUGGAUCGGUACAGAAAUGUUUGCAUACUCUACAGCCCGACCGCGCCGAAGAUCAAUCGCAUCGUGUACGACUAUAGGCGUGAUUACGUUUUCGACUAUCGCAAAACGUCUGAGGAUGUGUCACCUUCGGACGACGUCGACGAAGGUGAUGAGGAUGACGGUGAGGACCACGGUGAAGAGAACGACUCAGUACUGUGCGAUAGCUGCCCAGGAUCAGAGUCAAACGAGGAGGACGGAGACGAGGGCGAAGAUGUCGCGGCGACGCUACGCGAGAUCCCCGCGCGUAAACACAGCUGCUACUCGAUACCGGACUGCGUCCAGUAUUGGAAGUUUAUGCUGCUGAAUGUGAACUACAACGAGGACGAGGAGGACGUGAUAAUGACCGAGAAGACUAUCGCAGUGAUAGCGAGAAAUGUGGAACCGAAUACACAAAUAUCGAGCGAUCACCGGGUUAGUCUCAAAAAUACCACUCACACACCUUCAGGGCUCGCUGCCCCGAACCUCCCUCACAGUCCCAAGUUCUCGGGUCCUGCAGUCAAAAGCAAAUCACAGAUCCCCGCGACGGACGGCUGCGUGGGGACGUACACCUCGAAGAGUGCCGACAACCUGCACGAGGACACUCCGGCUUCCGCGAAGGAGAAGCUUCCCAGUCCGAAGCGGGAACGGCUGCGGGACAAGAUGAAGGCCGUCCUGCCGCUCAGUUCGUCCCGCAGCGCGGACGACGGGUUAGUGUUCGGCGUCGAGCUGGACCAGGUGGAGCGCGACGAGAAGCUGCAGAUUCCACGCUUCGUCAGCGAGUGUCUGGAAAUCCUGAAGGAGCCGGACUUCAUCGAAACGGGUGGGCUGUACCGUGCGUCCGGCAAUAAGAACUCCAUCGAGAACAUCAAGAAAAAGCUGAACGAGAAGCGGUCACCCAAAAAGUACGAGUUUCUCAAAAAGCAGGACGUUCACUCGCUGACGGGGUCGCUGAAGUUGUUCUUCCGGGAGAUGAAAUCACCCCUGAUUCCGAGGGAUGUAUACGAGUUGUGUGUUCAGAAAACCAAAGACGAAGCUGAAACCAUUGAUAACAUAAGGCUAGGUAUAGACAAAAUGGAGCUAAUCAAUAGAAAUACUUUAAGGUACCUUAUCCGUCACCUCAAAUGCGUGCAUCAAAAUAGUCACGUAAAUAUGAUGAAUUCGUCCAACCUGGCCAUCGUGUGGGGUGCGUGUCUCUUCGCCUCAACGCCCGGACUUAUGGAGAGCUACGAGAGCAAUGACUUGGGCCGGAUCAAUACGCUCGUGAGGCAGCUUAUUGAUUAUUACGAUAAGAUUUUCUACAGCGAUAGGGCGGAUUAAAGUCAGUGGAGAAACCGAAGCAGCGAUGAAGACAUAUCCUCUUGCAGUCGUGAUAGACUGUUUUGUUUGUACAGCACUAUUGUAAGUUUAAAGUUUUGUUAUGAGAGUAAAAAAAAAAUAAAUAAACGAGAUACUCGUUGCCAGCGGCUGAUGCGAA